AUGUCCGCACCAGUGACAGGUCUACCGGCGGUUAAACUCCCUACUGCCCCCUCGCCAAUUACACCUGAACAACGAUAUUGGAAGGGCUUUCGCUCCCAGCAACUCAUACCAUCACCAACGAAUUAUCCUAUUACGCACAUAUCGUUCCCUCCUCCACCAACAAAUGCUCUAUCGCCCUCCGGCAAUGAUUAUUUCUGUGUUACUACUGGUACUCGACUCCAGAUCUACUCAGUUCGUACACGAAAAUUAGUAAAGACUAUUACUCGGUUCUCAGAUGUUGCGCAUAGUGGAGAGAUUCGACGAGAUGGACGUGUUAUGGUGGCAGGUGACGAAACGGGAAAGAUACAGGUUUUUGAUGUGAAUUCAAGAGCCAUCUUAAAAACUUGGGAAGAGCACAAGCAGCCAGUUUGGACCACAAAGUUUUCGCCAACAGAAUUGACAACUCUCAUGAGUGCUAGUGACGAUAGGACUGUUAAGCUAUGGGAUCUGCCAAGUCAAGAAAGUACAACUACUUUCACUGGACAUACCGAUUAUGUUAGAAGUGGUGCUUUCAUGCCUGGAUCGAUGUCGAAUAUGAUCUUGACUGGUAGUUACGAUGAGACUGUCAGAUUAUGGGAUCCUAGAGUUCCAACUAGAGCAGCUAUGACCUUUAAGCAUGCUGCACCAAUUGAGACUGUACUUCCUAUGCCUUCAGGGACCACCGUUCUUGCUGCAGCUGAUAACCAAAUCUCGGUCCUUGAUUUGGUUGCUGGAAAGCCAUUGCACAUCAUCAAGAACCACCAGAAGACUGUCACUUCGUUGUGCCUCGCAUCAAACGCUACUAGACUGGUUAGUGGUGGCUUGGAUGGCCAUGUCAAGGUUUUCGAAACCACGGGAUGGAAUGUUGUAACUGGACUCAAAUACUCAGCUCCUGUUUUGUCAGUCAAUGUUGUUAGCUCUGGUGCCAAUCGCGAGGACAAGCAUUUGGUUGUAGGUAUGCAAUCUGGUGUCUUAUCCAUCAAAACACGACUAUCAGGCCAGCAAAAGGUGAAAGAAAGAGAAAGAGCGAAAGAGAUGCAAGCCUUGCUCGACGGUACAUUAGAGGAAUACGAUAAGAAGAACAAGAAGAGAAAACACACUAGCGGAGUAGAAAAGAGACUCAGAGGAAUGGAUUUUAUGGGAGAAGGAGCAGAUGUGGUGAUUGAGGGUAAUGCACGUUCAACAAAGCGAAAGGCCCCAGAAUGGGAGCGUGAACUCCAACUCGGUCGAUAUCAUCAAGCACUAGAUUGUGUACUCCAGAAAGGUCUUCCCGCAGUCACUGUUCUUACACUUCUCACAGCUCUUCGACACCGAAGUGCCAUGCGAGCAGCAUUCGAAAAGCGUGACGAGACUACGAUACAACCGAUUUUUAAAUGGGUAUCAAAACACAUUACUGAUCCUCGAUAUGUUCCCAUAUGUACUGAUGCUGCUAUGCUGCUCUUGGACAUAUACGCAGAGUAUACCUCUGAAUCGCCAGAAUUAGAACGCCAAAUCAGAUUCUUACAUCGACGUGUAAGGGCAGAAGUAGAAAGGUCACAAAAAGCGAUGCAGGUCAAGGGUAUGCUAGACCUGCUUGUGGCUGGGGUAAAAUAG